GCGGCGGCGGCGGAGGGGGAGGGGGAUCCCCCGCGCCCACGUGGUCCGGACGCCUGUGAAUCGCGCCCGCCGGAGGGUCUCACAGCGAAAUACAAAAGCAGCUGGGAAGCGGCGGCGCGGCCAGUUCCCAGCGCCGGAGAGGCUCCGCUCCGCUCCGCACCGCCCCGCGGCCGCGAUGGGGCUGCAGCGCCCGCAGCCCGGGAGCCGAGCCGCCGCCGGGCCCGCCUCGCCCUCGCCGCCGGGACCCGGGCGCCCGGGCUGGUCGUCCUGAAGCGGCGGCGGGAAGCAGCAUGGGCAGGAGGAUGCGGGGCGCCGCCGCCUCCGCGGGGCUCUGGCUGCUGGCGCUGGGCUCGCUGCUGGCGCUGUGGGGCCGGCUCCUGGCGCCGCCCGAAGACCGGACCCCGCGGCGCUCGGAGUCCGCGCCCCGCUCCCCGCAGCGGGACCCCCGGGGCGCCUCCCUGAAAACUUUCCGGACGCUGCUCACCUUGGCGGCCGGCGCGGACGGUCCCGCUGCCCGGCGGCGGCCCCCGGGGGCGGAGCGCAGGCGGCGGGUGCCCGACGGGGUGCCCCGGCCGGAGGGGGAGCAGCUCGCUGCGGUGCACGGGGGCGUCUUCUGGAGCCGCGGCCUGGAGGAGCAGGUGCCCCGCGGCUUCUCGGAGGCGCAGGCGGCGGCGUGGCUGCAGGCGGCGCGGGGCGCCCGGGUGGUGGCCCUGGAGCGCGGCGGGUGCGGGCGCAGCUCCAACCGCCUGGCGCGCUUCGCCGACGGCACCCGCGCCUGCGUGCGCUACGGCAUCAACCCCGAGCAGAUCCAGGGCGAGGCCCUGUCCUACUACCUGGCGUGCCUGCUGGGCCUCCGGCGCCACGUGCCGCCGCUGGCACUGGCCCGGGUGGAGGCCCGGGGCGCGCAGUGGGCGCGGGUGCAGGAGGAGCUCCGGGCGGCGCACUGGGCGGAGGGCAGCGUGGUGAGCCUGACGCGCUGGCUGCCCAACCUCACGGACGUGGUGGUGCCCGCGCCCUGGCGCUCCGAGGACGGCCAGCUGCGGCCCCUGCGCGCCGCCGGGGGCGAGCUGGCCAACCGCAGCCGGGAGGAGCUGGUGGACCUGGUGCAGUGGACCGACCUGAUCCUCUUUGACUACCUGACGGCCAACUUCGACCGGCUGGUCAGCAACCUCUUCAGCCUGCAGUGGGACCCGCGCGUCAUGCAGCGCGCCACCAGCAACCUGCACCGCGGCCCCGGCGGGGCGCUGGUCUUCCUGGACAACGAGGCGGGCCUGGUGCACGGCUACCGGGUGGCGGGCAUGUGGGACAAGUACAACGAGCCGCUGCUGCAGUCGGUGUGCGUGUUCCGGGAGCGGACAGCCAGGCGCGUCCUGGAGCUGCACCGGGGCCGGGACGCGGCCGCCCGGCUGCUGCGCCUCUACCGGCACCACGAGCCUCGCUUCCCGGAGCUGGCGGAGCUCGCCCAGCCCCACGCUCAGCUGCUACAGCGCCGCCUGGACUUCCUUGCCAAGCACAUUUUGCACUGUAAGGCCAAGUACGGCCGCAGACCUGGGACUUAGCAUCAAUCACCCCGAGGAAGAGAGAGAGGAGAGAGAAACCCUCUGGCUGGGGGAAUGGAUGCUGGGGGAAGGGCUUGUCGCCUCUGCCACCGCCUGGGACCUGUCAGCCAACGCCCUGCCAGUGGCUGGAGCAAGAAGGCUGCUAAAAAACUUCAUUUUCACCCACCUGCCCCUUUCUCUCAGUUUCAAGCUGUUUCCUUGCAAAGUUCUGGGAGAGCUCGCCCGGAUGAGACGUGUGACAGCCCCUCCACCCAGCCUGUGAAAGAAUGCUCCCCUGGGGGCAGCGGGGAGUUGGGAUCGAAGAAGCUGGCUGCUGAGUUUGGCCCUCCUGGUGGCUGUCUCUGUGGGAGAUGCAUCCUCUUCCUCGACCUUCUCCUCCUCCCCUUUUCCCAAAAAGGGAAACUUCUGUUUGAGCCUUGGGGCUAAUUCUUUCUGCAGUUUCCUACCAAACACAGCGCGCUGGCGGCCAGAGGCGGCUGUGACACUGGCUGGUGGAGCCCCCUCCCUGUGUUCUCCCUUUGUUCCAGCUGGUGAUGGUGAGAUCACUGUUAAGAGCUGGGGAAUGGAUCCGGAUAAGACAAAGAGAUCAGGACCUCCACCCAGGACCUGGGGAGUCCUGCAGACUCUGUGCAUCUGACUUGUUCUUGACUGCUUUUCGUUUUUGGCCGGAAGGCUGCAGAUGUGGGACUGGCUGUCUGUGUGCACUGAGUCACAGAAUUCAUUUCGCCCCCUUCCUCCCCGCCCCAAUCGACCAAAAUUUUGACAAUGAUGAUGUUCACCAGAAGAAGAAAAAUCAGUUUCUUGCACUUUACUUUGUUUUUAUUUUAAUUUUGUAUUGAGGGGGGGAAAAAACCUUUUUUUAUUUGACAAGAUUUGCCUACUAUGUAUAUAGGUGAUAAAGUGUGGUGUAAAUAUACUAAACAAACUUAUAUUUCAAUAAAAGGGAGUUUAAAAUUUA